UAUUAUAUUAUUAUUAUGUAUAUGCAUACUCCUGAAAUAUUGCGAUUUUAUAAAUAUUUUCAUUGAAUAAUAUCAUUUUCCGUAUUUUGUUAAGACAAAAUCGAAGAGUUUAUGAAAUGGUGGGGGAAAUGGUCAGUAAUUGGUUACUUAUAUAGCUCAUGGCGCCUUGCAGUGGACAGUAGAUGCAUUUCGUGAUUCAGGCAAGUCUGAAGUGUAUUUAUACGGUGUUCAUCUUUAGCGGUUUUUAGUAUAAGGGGUGUAUAUAAAAGUGUUACAUGAUGAAUCAAUUGAAAAACAGUUACGGAAGUAUAAAAGAGGGCAGGAAGCCUACAAAGAUGUCCACAAACACAAAAAAAGAAGAGAAGCAACAUCUGCUGGAUGCGGAUUACCAGGCUGGUGGAACAUCGGUGGUAGAUAUGGAGAAUGUGGCUUCGGAUACGGAUGACCCAUUUGGCAACAGGAAUAUCGAACAUCCCACCUCGAAUUUUGAUACCAUGGUCCACUUGCUCAAGGGGAAUAUUGGUACAGGGAUACUGGCCAUGCCAGACGCAUUCAGGAAUGCAGGAUGGGUAAUUGGUCUUUUUGGUACAAUGGCUAUGGGCAUAAUAUGUACUCAUUGCAUGCAUAUUCUACUUCGAUGUUCCAGGGAAUUAAGUAGAAGAACUCAAAUACCAACUCUAAAUUUCUCAGAAGUGGUGGAAAUGGCAUUUCGAACUGGUCCAGAAUACAUACAAAAGUAUGCCAGUCUAGCAAAAUUAUUGGUAAAUAUAUUCUUAUUUAUAACACAAAUCGGAUUUUGCUGCGUAUAUUUUGUAUUUGUUGCUGCCAAUUUACAAGAAGUCGUCAAGCACUAUUACGUAGAUAUAUCUGUUCACUGGUAUCUUUUUAUUCUCUUGGUACCACUGAUUCUACUAAAUUGGGUGAAGAGUUUGAAAUACCUUACGCCAGCUUCUCUUUUUGCGUCAAUCGUGACCUGUACAGGCCUAGUGAUAACCUUCUUCUACAUGCUGCAAGGUCUUCCUGCUGUAUCUAGUGUAAACGCGUUUUCGUCAUGGGGACAGUUACCAUUGUAUUUUGGUACUGCAAUAUACGCUUUCGAAGGAAUUGGUGUUGUCUUGCCAUUGGAGAACAACAUGAAAAACCCUCAAGAUUUCGGUGGAUGGAAUGGCGUACUCAACACAGGGAUGGUUAUCGUAGCAGCUCUGUACACCUCUGUUGGAUUUUUUGGUUAUUUAAAAUAUGGUGACAAAGCAAAUUUAGGUAGUGUUACUUUACUACUGCCACCAGAUGAAGUGUUGGCACAAUCAGUACGACUCAUGAUGGCCAUAGCGAUCUUACUAUCAUAUAGUUUACAAUUCUACGUACCCUUCAACAUUAUCUGGCCCAAAAUAAAGAGCUGUUUUCCAGAAGACAAGUCCAGAAACUAUGCCGAGUACAUCACGCGUACCGUACUGGUUUUCAUCACAUUUAUUUUUGCCGUAGCCAUACCAAACCUGGGAGCUGUAAUUUCAUUGGUCGGAGCUUUCAGUAGCAGUGCUUUGGCAUUGAUCUUUCCACCACUAAUUGAAAUAGUUACAUUCUGGCCUGAUAAAUUGAACAGAAGUUGGUGGAUAUUGGGUAAAGAUUUGGCUAUAGUGGUAUUAGGAUUCGUAGGGUUCCUUGUUGGGUCUUACGUUAGUAUACUGAACAUAUUGUAUCCAGAAACCACAUCAUAAAUAUGAUUUAUAUCAAAAAGAAUUUUAAGGAAAGAUAUCCUGACAAAAUAUGACGAUAUAAACGUUGUGACACAAAUUGGUUGUGAUGUUAGCUUUUCAGUUUGUUUCUUCAUGAAACAUGGAACAGCAUCGUAUUUUCAAGAGCUUUCACCUUUUGAUGAUGAUAAAUGAUGUGACGUGACUGAUAAAUCAACAUCACUUUGAUGAUGACUGGAUUUCUUCAAAUCAACUCAAAAA